CUUGUCUUGCAUUGUGAUCAUACGUCGGUGAGCGGUUUCUCAGGGGUCCGUUUGUUUAAAGAAAUGCUGCUUGAAUUGGGCAACAUAUAGGUGUUCACAGUGGCGGGGUUACGGGGAGAAACACAACCCGCACACACCGGCUCUGUUUGCUGAAAAGGAGAGGGGGGAAAAAUGGAGCUGGAAGACGGAGUUGUGUACCAGGACGACCCGGGGACAUCAGCGAUGAUGUCGGAGCGGGUGUCGGGCCUGGCCAACUCCAUCUACCGCGAGUUCGAGAGACUCAUCGGCAAAUACGACGAGGACGUGGUGAAGGAGCUGAUGCCGCUGGUCGUGGCCGUGCUGGAGAACCUGGACUCCGUGUUCGCGGAGAACCAGGAGCACGAAGUGGAGCUGGAGCUGCUGAAGGAGGACAACGAGCAGCUCAUCACCCAGUACGAGCGGGAAAAGGCGCUGAGGAAGCACGCGGAGGAGAAGUUCAUCGAGUUUGAAGACACUCACGAGCAGGAGAAGAAGGAUCUGCAGAACGUCGUAGACAGAAUGGAGUCUCACUCCCGUCAGGUUGAACUCAAGAUCAAGAACUAUGCAGACCAGAUCAGCAGGUUAGAAGAACGAGAGGUGGAACUGAAGAAGGAAUAUAACUCCCUCCAUCAGAGGCACUCAGAGAUGAUCCAUAACUACAUGGAGCACGUAGAGAGGAUCAAGAUGCAGCAGAUAAGCGAGACCUCCGAGUCGAGCAACAUCGGCCGAGUCAGGAGAGAGCGGCCUCUUUCUUUGGGGAUUUUUCCUUCGUCUGGAGGAGCAUCUCUGAUAAUCCCAGACUCCCAUGGCAGAGCUGAGACUCCAGGCACAGAGGGCUGGAGGUUCACUGACUCUUCACAGCAGCGCUCCAACACUAGUCUAAAGCAGUUGGACUUUUCCGACCCCCCAAAGGAAAGGGAGGGUAAGAGCRCGCAGGACUCUGCUUGGGGGAAUUCGCUGGCCGACGACUGCAAGGAUGAACUCUCAGGCUUCACCAGCUCAAAGUCGGCCGCCCAGAUGUCCACCUCAGACAUGGAGAGGGAAGAUGGGAAGAGUAAGAGCACAGAGGUGCAGGCUGCACCGGGAACCAGAACCAUAUCAGUCGGUUUGCCUGAAAAUGAGGAAAAUUCAGAUGUAAAAGACAUAAUUGAGUCCACCCCUGAGCUGGACAUGGAGCUCAUCGCAUACAAACCCUGCAGCACUCCUACCAAAGGCAUUGAAAACAUGGCGUUUGACCGGAACACAGACUCCCUGUUUGAGGAGCUGUCCUCUGCAGGAACUGGGCUCAUUGGGGACGUGGAUGAAGGGGCCGAUCUGCUCGUGGAGUACUCUGACCUUAGUUUGAUUGGAAUGGGUCGGGAAGUGGAAAAUCUUAUCCAGGAGAAUUCACAGCUGCUUGAAACAAAGAAUGCCUUGAAUGUGGUAAACAAAGACCUGAUCCUGAGAGUGGACGAGUUGACCUGUGAGAAGGAGAUGCUGCAGGGGGAAUUGGAGGCUCUGCUGCAGGCCAAGAACAAGCUGGAGGAGAAAACCAAAGAGCUGGAGGAGGAUCUCAAAAAAGUUCGGCUCGAGGUGGAAGAGGUGAAACAGAAAAGCAAAGAUGAAGAAGAUAGUGACGUUCCUACUGCUCAGAGGAAACGCUUCACUAGAGUAGAAAUGGCCAGAGUCUUAAUGGAGAGGAAUCAGUACAAGGAGCGGCUGAUGGAGCUGCAGGAAGCUGUGAGGUGGACUGAGAUGAUCAGGGCUUCAAGGGAAAAUCCAGCUCUCACAGAGAAAAAGAAAUCCAGCAUCUGGCAGUUCUUCAGCAGACUGUUUAGCUCCUCCUCCAGCGCGCCCGCCAUGAAAAAGGUGGAUUACCAGUCAAAUGUGAAGUACAACACCCCGGGCAGCUUGGUGAAGAGGAGCAGCACAUUCUCACAGUUCCCCACCGAGAAGUCCAAGACUUUUGACUUUCUCAACGACGAAACGGAUCAAUGCAGCUCACCCUCACGAAAGGAGCAGAAGAAAGCUCAGUACCAGCAAGUCAAGGCCCACAUGCAGAAAGAAGAUGGGCGAGUCACUGUGCAUGGCUGGAGCCUGCCCAGCAAACACAAGGUUGCAAACGGGACACAAGUGGAAAAUAAGAUGAAUUUACCAGUACCAGUUUACCUGCGACCUUUGGACCAGAAAGAUGCUUCUUUAAAGCUGUGGUGUGCUGCAGGGGUCAACCUGUCUGGGGGUCGAACGGUUUUAUCAUCUGAGCUCUCCAAGCAGACGAAGGGCUCACAGUGCAGCCUGGACCAGUUGGAGCAGGAGAACAAGAAGCAGGAGAAAGGGGAGAAGGAGCUGGUUCUUCAGGACGACACGUCCAGUACGGUGUGGGCGUGCAUGAGCACCAACUCCUCCACCAAGGUCUUGGUGCUGGACGCCACCCAGCCCACCGAACUGCUCGACACUUUCUACGCCUGCAACACACACGUCGUCUGCAUCGCCAGCGUACCUGGUGUGUUGGAUACAGAUUACCCAGGAGGAGAUGGGGCAUCCCAGGACUCAGAGGCCAGCCAAGGUGAUGGCGUGUCGCUGGCUGGCAGCGUCGCCAGCGUGGGCUCAACAGGCAGCGAUGGUGGCGUGGCGACAGAAGGGGUCACCGCGGUCGCUCAGACUGCCAGCUCAGGUGUCUCUGAGCAGCUGGUGGAGUACAGCGGCGUGUCGGGCUCAGUCGAGCUGUCCAGAGAGACGAGUCCAGCCGAGGACGGGGUUCCCACAGCUGAAGAGGCAACAGAAGCCACCGAGGCUGACGCCGGUGUGGGCGAAGAGGGAGAGGAGGAUCAGGGAGCCUAUCCAAACCAGCCAGGGAUUUAUACAGAGCACGUCUUUACCGACCCGCUCGGGGUGGGACCCACCGACUCCAGUCCUGCUGAAGCCCAGAGGGGUUCUGGGCAGGACAGCAGUGGGGCCUCUCAGUCAGAAGACACAGAAGCAUCAGAGGGAGACGUCCCGAGGACGAGCAGCGCUCUGCCCACUAUGUGGCUCGGAGCUCAGAACGGAUGUCUGUAUGUGCAUUCGUCUGUUGCACGAUGGAGGAAAUGUCUUCAUGCUAUCAAGCUGAAGGACUCAAUCCUCAGCAUAGUACAUGUGAAAGGGAGGGUGUUGGUAGCUUUGGCUGAUGGGACAUUAGCAAUUUUCCACAGAGGCACUGAUGGUCAGUGGGAUCUAACCAACUACCACCUCCUGGAUCUGGGCCGCCCCCACCACUCCAUCCGCUGCAUGACUGUAGUCCACGACAAGGUGUGGUGCGGCUACAGAAACAAGAUCUAUGUUAUCCAGCCCAAAGCCAUGAGGAUAGAGAAGUCUUUUGACGCUCAUCCUCGCAAAGAGAGUCAAGUUCGUCAGCUAGCUUGGGUCGGGGACGGUAUCUGGGUGUCCAUCCGUUUGGAUUCRACUCUGCGGCUGUUUCACGCACACACCUACCAGCACCUGCAGGAUGUGGACAUCGAGCCUUAUGUCAGCAAGAUGCUGGGUACGGGUAAACUGGGUUUCUCUUUUGUGAGAAUCACAGCUCUGGUGGUGUCCUGCAGCCGCCUGUGGGUGGGAACAGGAAACGGAGUCAUCAUCUCCAUCCCGUUGUCUGAAGCCAACAAGACAACGGGAGCAGUGCCAAAUCGACCCGGCAGUGCCGUUCGGGUUUACGGUGACGACUCUUCAGAUGCACUGGGCAGCUUCGUGCCGUACUGCUCCAUGGCCCAUGCCCAGCUUUGUUUCCAUGGACACCGAGAUGCCGUCAAGUUUUUUGUCACCGUGCCAGGUCAGGCGAUGCCACCUCCAGGUAGUGCAGAUUCAGGCUCUGAUGAACCUGCGUCCGAAUCCUCCGACACAGCAGUGUCCGAGCCCAAAACAUACCUGAUCAUGAGCGGAGGAGAAGGUUACAUCGACUUCAGAAUUGGUGACGAAGGCAGCGAGUUGGAUGGUUUGUCCGAGCAGACCGCCAGCCAACCGUCGGCGCCCACCAAGGCCGAGCGGAGCCACCUCAUCGUCUGGCAGGUCACCACUUCUCCUGAUUAAAAACCACCACAGACUGUCGCUCUAAACUCCAGGGCCGUCCAGCCUCCCGUCACUCCCAGAUUUUAAAUUUCAUUUUAUGAAUUAUCCUUUAUGCCUGAGCAGACGGUUACUUUGUAAAAAAAAAAAAAAAG